AAUUAUUUUAUUUUUAUUCCAGUAUUUAAAAAGUGUAGGUGACUAAUCUGUGGGAAAAAAGCAAGAUAACCAAGUAUAAUUAAGGAAAUACAUCCUGCGCUCAGGAUGAGAAUCAAUUUUAGGUUUUAAACUGGUUUGCUCAACAAAGCCAUCAUAAAUGUCAUUAUUUUUGAACUCCCAUAGAAACAGUUUCUAAUCCCUGUUGAAGAAAUGCCGAAUUUCUAUUAGAGACGAAGGGGUGUCUCUGUUCCCCUUUACUUUCAGUGACACAACCUGCCGGGUUUUAUUACAACAGGAAAUGAGGGCUGGUGGUUUGUAGUGAAAUAGUUUUCUGUGGCACGGUGCAACCUGCUGCAUGUACCUACAAGCACAACACAUUCAGAAUGGUGAAAAAUAUUUCUUGCUGUGGGAUAUCAGGUAAUUUUUUUUCUCAACAUGCUUAAAACAAUAUGAGUUGAAAAUGAAAUACUACAGUGAAAAGAAACAUGUAUUUCCAUGCCAUAUAAAGAAAGUAAACGUUUUAAUAAGUAAGGUUGGUGCAGAAAUACAUACAAUUUGGAUUUUGUCUUCUUUUUACUAUGUCACCAUAAUUUUGUGAAAUCUUGAGACAUUAUUGGGAUGUUAUUGAAGUUUAUCCCUCUGUUUCCUGUCUUAACUUUCUUUGUUUUCACAGGUUUCACUAUGCAGCUCGUAUCUGGGAUGGUGUGAAAAAGUCCUCGGCCCUCUCUGAGUACAGUCGUCUGCUCUGCUGACACAUGUUGAACUGCUGUUAUGUACAGUUUUAUUUCACUGAUCAGAUCACACAAAGACGAAAGAAGUGCAGCUGAAUGGGAUGUUUGAAAUAAGAGUCAGUAUGAACAUCACUGGGGCAUAAAAUAAAUAUAAUUAUUCAGACUUUGAGUCCUGCUUGUUAAAUAGUGUCCUGGGACUGUCUUCAGGAAUUUUGAUAGUUACAGAUUAAGCUACAGCCUGUGCAGAGGUGGUGAGCGGGAAAAGAAAGAGUCUUCUCUCAGCAGAUCUCUAAUAAAAAUGUGAGAAUAGUUUUUAAAUUCAAGUCAUUCUUGACUGUGUUUCAAUUUUGAUGCACUGAUAGUUGAAAAUACAGAUUUCUGUCUUUUUAUUACCUUUUUAAAAUGAUUAGGGGAGAUAUGCUAGUGAAUAAUAUACCACUGAAAACUGGUGUGUCUGUUUUUUAUUUACAUAUGCUGUAAGAUAGAAUGCCUGUGGCAAUAAUGGUUAAAUCAGUUUGUGUGGUGGUUGGUAACUUUCAUUUCUCAUGAAUCACAGUCAGUUUUGUUUUUCAUUCAGUGCAUGAAAUUAAGCUGUCUUCAAGAACUACCACACAGAGAGAUUACAUGGUUAAAGCAUACUCUGCUGACAUUUGAAACAGUCACUGGUCAUCAAUACACUGAUACAAAAAUCCAUAAAGCAUUUUAUUAACACUAAAACUUUAGAAAAAUAAACAGGUUUUUAAACUAGUUUUAAUAGAAUCUCAUCUGGACUAAAAGAAUAACAUAGCAAAGAUUUUAUUCUAUUUUUACAGUGGAGAUUUAUAACUAAUACAAAUUUAAUUAUCCAGAUAUAGGUUCUAUGAAGUCUAUUUAUAUAUACAUGCAUAUUUAUUUAUUCUUUUUUCAGUUAGAAUAUUAAUUUACAAAUUGAACAAAGGAGGACAUCCUCCAAAGACCAUUGUUACAAAAGUCCAGUCCUGAUAGAGAAUUAAGCAAUUCAAAAACUUUACCAUUCACUUAACUUGAACUAUGUGGAAAAUAAAAGAAAUAAAUGGACACAAAGAAUUGCUACAAAAGUAGGAAACAAACUUAAAUUCUGUAUCAAAGGCUUGUUUUUGAUACUCACGUUCCUUCACUGUCAAAGGAAGAGUUAAGGAGUGGUCAUAGCGAGAAGACCACUCCCCCCAAUAAGAAUUACUUAUAACCUGAACAGAAACUGAACCAAGAUUCACUUCUAUCUGACCAUCACAUAAUGCAGAUCCUUGUGCUGAUCCUUGGGAUUGUGCUGCUCCCUAAAGGCAAGUUUUUGUUCAGUUAUCUGUUCUUUAAAAUUUUUAAAACAGUAAGUUCUGUAAUAUUCAAUGAAACAUGUUUUUUUUUAUGCUUUUACAACAAGUAUUAUUACAUAUUUGUAAAGGGUUGUCUAUGUUCUACAAAUGAUUGUACUAUUUAUUGUACGGUUAGCCCUCUAUUUUUUAAACUGUUUGCUUUAGUGAAUGUUUUAGAAUAUGUCCAUGCAUUGGAAGCAAGAAAAAGUUGACUUAUCUUUAUCUUUGUUUUAUCAGCCUGUGCUUUGAAAUGUUACGAAUGCACACCGGGACCAUCUGGAAGCUGCACUCAGACAAAAGAUUGUCCUUUCAACACUCAGUGUGGAUCAGUCAGAAUGACUUCAUAUGCAGGUGGUUCGAAACUGGUUGACAUUAAAGGGAGAAGUUGUGCUGCAGCUGAGGAGUGUGUUCAGGCCUCAAUCAACUUUGGAGUUUCUAAAACUCUAAUUACCACCAAGUGUUGCACCUCUGAUCUUUGCAACUCUCAAGAUGCCCCUGAGGGCAGCAUCUCCUCUCCAAAUGGGAAAAAGUGCUUCCAAUGUGAUGGAAACGAUUGCACAAAAACUCUAAACUGCAACGGAAAUGAGGACUACUGCAUCUCAUCAGCAAUGACUGCAGGAGGGCAAAAGGUGACUCUAAAGGGCUGCGCCUCCAAGCUUAUUUGCUCAGAGACGCAAUCUGCACAGAUCGCAGCAAUCACUGGAGCAGAAAUCAGCUGCUGCCAGGGUGACCUCUGCAACAGUGCCAGCAGUACAACUGUUGGCCUUCUGCUCUUUGUCACACCGCUGAUCUCUCUGGUCUUGUUCUCUUAGCUGAUGGAAACAACAACAUCACAACCCAGCUUUUUAUAUGACUAUCACAAUGUUUCCUCCCAUUUCACCAGAGCUUAAAUUUUUUUUUGAAAUGUUUGUAACUAAACAUAAUUUUCAGU